GAUAGUGAGCUACUGUUUCGAGAUGGCCGUUUGGGGGUCCGUACAAUUUGCAUUAAAAAAUAUAUAAAGGCAGAACCGUAAGUCCAUACUCCAUAGCCAUGGUGUCGGACCAGGAAAUAGCGGAAUGCUUGGAGACACUGCUUCGUCAGUCGAACCCUGGCUCUCUCACCUCCUUAAACGGCAUCGUCCAGCAGCUGGAAGCAGAGCUAGGUUUAGACCUGUCCCAUAAAGCUGGUUUCAUCAGGGAACAGAUCACUUCCCUCCACCGCUCGCACCCUCUUCCCAAAGACCAUUUUGCCCCUCAAUUCCCUAAUGUUCCUCAUUCCCGACAUGUUCAGCCGCACCACCACCAGCACAACCAUUCUCCGCCGCCCCUGCCGCUGCAGCCGCAAGUGCAAUACAAUCAACCGCUGCCUGAAGGCGGAGAUGAUGCCCCGAAUUUAUCAGCAAAUGCUUCUGAAAUGCCAAAAGCAAGCACUCUGGCUGGAACCAAAAGACGAGGUGGUCCCGGCGGCCUGAACAAAGCGUGUGUUGUGUCACCUGAACUACAGACCAUUGUUGGUGGGCCAGCAAUAUCAAGGACGGAGAUUGUAAAACAGCUAUGGGCGUACAUUAGGAAACACAACCUUCAAGAUCCAUGUAACAAAAGAAAUAUAAUCUGUGAUGAUGCCUUGAGAUUGGUUUUCGAAACGGACUACUGGGUCGACAGAUCUAGCUGCUGUUUAAUUAAAAGACAAUUUCUAAUAUUAUUUUAUCCUGUAAUAUUCCAUUUUCGUGGAAAGCUGAUGCUGUUUUCUGAUCCAGAUUGUAAAACAGCUAUGGGCGUACAUUAG